GACAUAGAGAGGAACGAUUGCUUAGACAACAAUGGUGGCUGCUGGCAAGACAAGGCUGCCAACAUAACAGCCUGCAAGAUUAAUGGAGAAUGAAAAUGCACUUGUCCUCCAGGAUUCAAAGGUGAUGGCAAGAGUUGUGAAGAUAUUGAUGAAUGCAAAGAAAAGAGGGCCUGCCAGUGCCCUGAAUGCAACCGCAAGAAUACACGGGGUGAUUACGAAUGCACUUGACCUCUUGUAUAUGGGAGGUCACGACACCUGCAUAAGUGAGUGCCUUUUUCUUCUUCUUUUUUUUUAAAGAAUCCUAUUAUAUUUCUUCAAUAUUCUCGUCUCUUAUUCAUUUAAUAUUUUAUAAUUCUUGAGAGAUCUUGUAAGAUUAUUAUAUUCGGUGGAAUAAAAGUUCCAUCAACUC